GAGGUUUUCGCCGAGGGUUAGGGCUUGGAGUGUUCUUUUUGAGCUGCGAGUUUUCAGAUUACAUAAGGGCGUUUUGGAUGACUUGUCUACUUGCUAGUUAGUGACUUGUCUAUGUCGCUCGCGCUUGUCUUCGCCUCGUUCUUGCUUCUCGUCCGGGAGGAUUGUUAGAGGUUUCCCACGCUCGUUGUACCAAGCACAACCACCCCCACGUCCCGCUCUCAGCACAGAGAUCACUCUUGCUCACAGAGCAUAGCAGUCGUCAAGCCACUUCACCAAUCCUCAUCCACCGCUCACUCUCUCUACUCACAACCACCUACACACUCCACAAACGCGCCUGCCAAGAUGGCUCCCGACACAACUAAAACUGCGAAACCAGAAGAAGCUGGCGAACAGAAGAAGGAUGCUGUUAAGGACCUCAAGGACGCUAAAGGGAAGCCCCUCACCGAGGAGGAAAAGAAAAAGUUGGAAGAGGAAGAGGAACUCUCCGAUGAGGAUAAGCAACUAAAGGAAGAGUUGGAGAUGCUCGUUGAGCGUCUGACGGAAUCGGACAAAACUCUUUACAAGCCCGCUUUGGAGACGCUGCGGACUCUCAUCCGUACAUCAACAUCUUCCAUGACCGCGGUGCCCAAGCCGUUGAAGUUCCUGAGACCACACUAUUCAGGGUUGAUCACCGUACAUGAGAGCUGGCCAGCUGGUGCCAACAAGAAUUUUUUGGCAGACAUCCUUUCCGUUUUGUCAAUGUCGUUUGCGGAGGAGGGAAAGAGGGAUAGUCUAAAGUACAGGCUUCUGGGCACCAGGGAGUCUGCUGGUCUCUGGGGACAUGAAUACGUCAGGCACUUGGCUCUGGAGCUGAUCGAUGAGUACGGCGCGCUGAACGAUGCUCCCCAAGAAGGAGAGGAAGCAUACACUGUAGCUUCUGAUUCAGAUGUGGUUACGAAAGAAGCGUUGGACAUUGUCCCUUUCCUUCUCAAGCACAAUGCGGAGGCAGAUGCGGUCGAUCUGAUGCUCGAGAUUGAGGCGUUGGAACAGCUGCCACCUUUUGUCGACAAGGACACGUUUUCUCGUGUCUGCUUAUACCUUCUGAGCUGUGUACAAUAUGUUGCACCUCCGGACGACGUUGCAUGCAUGAAAACCGCACACACCAUUUACCGGAAGCAAGCGCAAUUCACGCAAGCGUUGCAGGUGUCUAUGCGGUUACAGGAUCAGGAAAUGAUAGAAGCAGACUUUAACGACUGCCCUGAUCUGCUCUUGAAGAAACAGUUGGCUUUCCUGCUGGCGAGGCAAGGCAUAUCGGUGCCAACGGAGGACGAGGAAGUACAGGAAAUCCUGAAUCAAUCCAAGCUCUCUGAGCACUUCCGCGACCUCGCGCGGGACCUCGACGUAUUGGAAGCGAAAACACCAGAGGAUAUAUACAAAAGCCAUUUAGAGAACGUUCGCGGUGGAUUGGGUAGCACUCAGGUCGAUUCGGCGAAACAGAAUCUGGCGUCGACAUUCGUAAAUGCCUUUGUGAACGCCGGGUUCAAGGAGGAUAAACUCAUGACACCCUCGGAAGACGGGAGCUGGAUCUACAAGAACAAGGAGCACGGCAUGAUGAGCGCCGCAGCCUCGUUGGGUGUUAUUUUGCUGUGGAACGUCGAGGAGGGUCUCACCCACAUCGAUAAAUACUUGUACUCCCAAGAAGACCACAUCAAAGCCGGCGCCUUGCUCGCCAUCGGACUAGUCAACGCCGGCGUCCGCAACGAAUCCGACCCAGCCCUGGCGCUGCUCUCCGACUACGUAGACAGCAAAACCCUCGGCCUGCGGAUCGCCGCCAUUGUCGCGCUGGGUAUCGCUUACGCCGGUACCGGCCGCGAAGACGUUGCCGAGCUCCUGACCCCCUUGGUGGGCGACUACAAGCUCUCGAUGGAGAUUUCCUCGCUGGCGUGUCUGUCCCUUGGACUCAUUUUUGUGGGGCAGGAGAAUGGGGAGGUUAUUAGUGCGGCGAUUCAUACGCUUAUGAUGGAUCGGGAGGGCGCGGAUCUCAAGGAUCCUUAUGCGAUUUUCAUGGGGCUUGGUGUGGCGCUUAUGCAUAUGGGCAAGCAAUCCGGCGCUGAAGCCACCCUUGCGGCUCUCGAAGUGAUGGACAACUCCCUAGCGAAGACGAUUCGUGUCCUCGUCGAUACGUGUGCCUACGCAGGAACCGGCAACGUCUUGAGCAUCCAACGGAUGUUGCACUAUUGCAACGACCACAUCGACGCCGACAAGGAGAACGACCGUUUCCAGGCAUUUGCCGUCAUUGGCAUCGCGUUGAUUGCAAUGGGAGAGGAUAUUGGUACCGAGAUGGCUUUGAGGUCUUUCAACCACCUGAUGCACUACGGCGAACCCGUGAUCCGACGCGCAGUCCCCCUAGCCCUCGGCCUCCUCUGCGCGUCUAACCCGGUCGUGCACGUCCUGGAUGUGCUGAGCAAGUACUCGCACGACAACGAUCACGAUGUGUCGAUCAAUGCCAUUUUCGCGAUGGGCCUUGUGGGCGCGGGCACGAACAAUGCGCGGUUGGCGCAGAUGUUGAGGCAGUUGGCGGCGUAUUAUCAUAAGGAGCCGAAUCAUCUUUUUGUUGUACGGAUUGCGCAGGGUCUGGUUCACUUGGGUAAAGGGACGUUGACUUUGAACCCUUUCCACUCCAACCGCACGCUCUUGUCUCCUGUUGCGGUUGCCGGAUUGUUGGUCAACCUCGUUGCUUUCACGGAUGCCAAGAACUUAAUCUUUGGCAAAGCGCACUACCUCCUCUACCAUCUCGUGAUCUCCAUGUACCCGCGCCUGCUGAUGACACUCGACGAGAACCUCAAACCCCUCCCGGUAACGGUACGCGUAGGCCAAGCGGUAGACGUCGUAGGCCAAGCCGGGCGACCAAAGACGAUCACGGGCUUCCAGACUCACUCGACGCCGGUGUUGCUUGCGUAUACGGAGCGAGCGGAGUUGGCGACGGAGGAAUACUUGCCGCUGGCGAGUGUGUUGGAGGGGUUUGUGAUUUUGAAGAAGAAUCCUGAUUAUGUCGAGGAUGAAUCUGACACCCCAGCAAAAUAAUGAUUUUGCUGUUGACAUCCGCCGAUCGCCUUGCACCCCUCUUCUUUGAACUGUGAUUCUUGACAAAUAAAAGAUUGUAUAUUCAACGGGAUGAUGAGCAUAUAUAUCAUUUGGCGGGCAGGAGGGGGUUGUGGAUGGGAUGAAAGGGGCUGAAGCUAAUGUUGUGUGAUUCGCAGAAAACUAACAAAAUGGGACAUCCUAUCGGAUCUAGGUACCCGACCAUUGCGGAAGCCGUGUUAAAAUAUCAGCAGUAGCAGUAUCAAUGCCCAUACCAACCAGCCUCAAAUGUCUCACCCCCUAUCCUAACUUCCUGACCCAAACCCCGCAUCUCUGUGGUAUCUAUCUAUUUCACACUAUCUACGUGCGGUAAGCGGAGAGUAUCAAGCAAGCGACGCAAAAUCAGAUGUAAACAACACACACACACA